AUGACGUGGCGAAACGAGACAAACAACUCCAGAUGGCCCUGCCAGGCUGCCCUGCCCUUCCUUCUAGCCGGAACUCGACCCAAGGGGAGAGAUCUGGGCUUCAGCGCCACGAAGUCGUACCAGAAUCUCCCCUUCUGUUCCCUACAUUCUCAGUUCUGGAUUAUUUCGGUUCGGGUCGGUUCGAAUCGCGCAUCUGACCCCCUGCACAUGGGAACAUCUUGUGAUAAAGAGCCCGGCAAUCCAAGUGUGAGAACCUGUACGAGGACUCUGGAUGGUACACUUACACUCCCCGUCCAGGCGUCUCGUCGCGUGACGAUGGGAUGGGAGGUUAGGCUCGGGAAGAAGAGUUUGGUGACCGAUGCCUGA